UACAAACCCGAUGUCAUUUCUUUCUAGGAACGUCUUAUCAAGUGUUUAACCCUGAUGGUUUUUUAUUUCAUCCAUCGUAUGUGCUGAUCAUCUGGUUGGAUUUUGUGGUUUUCCUUUUGGUGGAAAGGUCUGAUUUGAUAUGGCCGCUAUAAUGGAAUAUACUGCAGAGCAAUUGAAUUACUACAGGAUCUGCUAUAUUGUCACCGAUGUGCUAACUGAAGGCCUCCGAACAAUCUUCAAACAAGAAUGGGACAAUCGCUACAAGGCAACCCUGGGAGAGUGGAAUGAUAAAUCGAAAAACGGAAUGGACUUUUGGAACGGUGAGUCCCCACGAAACAGAAGUAGAAACGCCAAUCUCUUGACAACUAUGACCAGUGGGGACAGAGCGGAAUGGGAUUGUACCAUGCUGUUUUAUGCCAUUCUUUAUUCCAAUUGCAUCAGCGGUCUCAGUCCAACUGUAAAAUCAAAUGUGGAUGACCUCAGGAUAUUUCGCAAUGAAGAAUUUGCGCAUAUGCCACGAGGCCACCUUUCCAGCGGAGACUUUCAAAAUGCGAUCUCAAAGGUGAAUACUGCAUUUCACGCACUCGGUCUUGCGACUAUAAAAAUCCGUGAAAUCCAAACUCAGACAAGUUUCCCAACGGAAGAAUUAAGAAAUGUUCUGAAGAAAGUUGACAGCCUUCAACAAGAGGUUACAGAGAAGGAAACAAAGAUUCAAGAAAAAGACAAGGAACUUCAUGAAAAAAGAUCGAAACUAGACGAAAAAGACAAGGAACUUCGAGAAAAAAACAAGGAACUUCAAGAAAAAGACAAGGAACUUCAAGAAAAAGGCAAGAAACUUGUUGAAAAAGAAACAAAACUCGAAGAAAAAGAGAAUCAACGACAGACCCUAGAGGAACAGUUGCAAACCGAUGUCUUACCAUUUUGUAUUCUCUCUCCUAAACCUACACAUGACGUCUUCCCUCGCAGAUCAGAGGUUGAUAAAAUCACACAACACCUCAUAGAACUCAGAGAUGGCAACAAUGACAGCUUAAGCACCUUGUACUUAUCAGGAAACCCUGGAAGUGGAAAAUCUCAGCUGGCCCGUCUAGUAGCUAAGCGAUUUUUUGGUGAAAGCGAAGAAACUAGCGCUGCAAUUUCAUUUGUCAUGACGCUUACUGCAGAAAGUUCAGAAGCACUUUUGGAAUCGUAUAUCUCUUUCGCUCGACACUGCAAAUGUCCUGAGUACGCAGUUACAAACAUUCAUUCUUCCAAAGAUCUGAGUAUAGAUAAGAAAAUUGCAAGUCUCAAAGCCCAAAUAAGCGCAAAAAUUGGGCUUUACACGUCGUGGCUGUUGGUUGUUGAUAAUGUCACUAGUCUGUCUCAUGUAUAUAAUUAUUUGCCAGGUCCAGGAAACCAACAAUGGAUGGGGGGCCAGUUGCUGAUAACAACACAAGACACCGAGUCAAUUCCUUUAGAAAGCUCCUCCAUUCAGCACAUCUCAGUAAGCAAAGGGAUGCUUCCUGAUGAUGCCAGCUCCUUGUUAAGGCUCCUUUCGGGUGUCAUUGAUGACGAGAUGGAAAAAGAAAUUGCUCACUGUUUGGACUACCAGCCGCUUACUCUGGCCAGCGCCGCCAUUUAUGUAAGACAAGUUCGGGAAAGUAAAAUCGCUUCAAACUUCGGCUGGACUGACUAUCUGAAGAAAAUUGAAAAAGGACAGCAAUAUAUAGUUGAGAACAUUCUCGCCAAGACAAACCUAAGCUACCCAAAAACAAUGACCACAGUAACAACACUCGCCUUGGAAAAGGCAAUGAGUUCCGACAGAGUUAUAGAUCACUUGUUCACUUUUCUCACUCUUUGUGCGCCACAACCAAUACUAAAAGAUAUUGUUGUCGACUACAUUAUGGAAGUUGAAAAGGAAUUAGACGGAGAAGAUGAAAUUGGUGUAAAGAUAAGUCGAUGCCCAAUGUUGUUGUUUGACGAAGAGGAGAGUGGCGUUUACAUUCGAGUGCAUCGAGUCAUCCAUUACGUUGUUAACUCAGUAAUAAAGAAAUCUGCAAAAGAUAAGCAAGUUAAAUCCUUACUAAGAGCUGCUUCAUCCUUCUCCAGAUUUAAGGAACAAGAUUCUCUAGUCAUUGGCACAAAAAUUGUUCCUCAUUUGGUAAAAGUGAUUACAGUCGCCGAACAUUUGUUUUCUGAAGAAGGACUAUCUCAAGUUGCUCAAAUUGAUAUAUUUACAUUGCAGGACUAUUCUAACGUCUUUACAACCCUCGGAAUUAUGUGCCGCGAGCACUCUCAAUAUUCAGCUGCAGAAACCUACUUUAGAGCAGUCCUGGCAAUCGUCAAGUUAAGAAACCCAAGUGAUGAAUUACGAAAAAUAGAUAUUUAUACUCACUUGGGUCUUGUCCACCGGCAAAUGGGUGACCUAAAGCAGGCGAAAGACUUUCACGAGCGAGCGCUGAAUGUUCGGCUGGAGAAGCUCGGACCUGAGCAUGUUGCUAUCGCAAUGUCUUUCAAUAACCUGGGCCUUGUCCACUGGCAGCUGGGUGACCUAAGGCAGGCGAAAGACUGUCACGAGCGAGCGCUGGAUGUUAGGCUGAAGAAGCUUGGACCUGAGCAUGUUGAUGUGGCAAAGUCCUACAACAACUUGGGCAUUGUCCACGAGCAGCUGGGUGACCUAAAGCAGGCAAAGGACUGUCACGAGCGAUCACUGGAUGUUAAGCUGAAAAAGCUCGGACCUGAGCAUGUUAAUGUCGCUAAUUCUUACGAUAACCUAGGCCUUGUCCACCGGAAGCUGGGUGAUCUAAAGCAGGCAAAAUAUUUUCUCGAGCGAGCGCUGGAUGUUCGGCUGAAAAAGCUCGGUCCUGAGCAUGUUGAUAUCGCAAUGUCUUACAAUAACCUAGGCCUUGUCCACUGGCAGCUGAGUGACCUAAAGCAGGCAAAAGACUGUCACGAGCGAGCGCUGGAUGUUAGGCUGAAGAAGCUUGGACCUGAGCAUGUUCAUGUGGCAAAUUCUCACAAUAACUUGGGUAUUGUCCACGAGCAGCUGGGGAACCUAAAGCAGGCAAAAGACUGUCACGAGCGAUCACUGGAUGUUAAACUGAAAAAGCUCGGACCUGAGCAUGUUGAUGUCGCAAAUUCUUAUGAUAACCUGGGCCUUGUCCACCGGCAGCUGGGUGACCUACAGCAGGCAAAAGAUUUUCUCGAGCGAGCGCUGGAUGUUCGGCUGAAAAAACUCGGUCCUGAGCAUGUUGAUAUUGCAAUGUCUUACAAUAACCUGGGCAUUGUCCAUGAGCAGCUAGGUGACCUAAAGCAGGCAAAGGACUGUCACGAGCGAUCGCUGGAUAUUAAGCUGAAGAAGCUUGGACCUGAGCAUGUUGAUGUCGCAAAUUCUUACGAUAACCUGGGCCUUGUCCACCGGCAGCUGGGUGAUCUAAAGCAGGCAAAAGAUUUUCACGAGCAAGCGCUACAUGUUCGGCUGAAAAAGCUCGGUCCUGAGCAUGUUGAUAUCGCAAUGUCUUAUAAUAACCUGGGCCUUGUCCACUGGCAGCUAGGUGACCUAAAGCAAGCAAAAGAAUGUCACGAGCGAGCGCUGGAUGUUAGGCUGAAUAAGCUUGGACCUGAGCAUGUUCAUGUGGCAAAUUCUCACAAUAACUUGGGCAUUGUCCACGAGCAGCUGGGUGACUUAAAGCAGGCAAAAGACUGUCACGAGCGAUCGCUGGAUAUUAAGCUGAAAAAGCUCGGACCUGAGCGUGUUGAUGUCGCAAGUUCUUACGAUAACCUGGGCCUUGUCCACCGGCAGCUCGGUGACCUAAAGCAGGCAAAAGAUUUUCAUGAGCGAGCGCUGAGUGAUCGGCUGAAAAAGAUUGGACCUGAGCAUGUUGAUAUCAGAAUGUCUUAAAAUAA